AUAUACAGACAACCCGAAGAAGAAGCUCGCGCGUGCGACGGCCUUCUGUGGCACAUCGCCGUCCAUGAAUCUGUUUUUCCGAUUGAGGAACUGGACUUUUUCAUCGGUCAUUAGAAGGUGAAUUAAGCCAUGUCCUCCAGCUCGGACACCUUCAGGCCUUUCGCAACUUACUUCGCGAAGCCAAAGGGUUACAGCUACGUUCCAACAGAGGAGUCCAGAAGAGGACUGACCGUCAAGAUCAAGCAGGUCCUCCAGGAGUGGCGGAGACGGAAGGGACACCUCUCUGUAGUGCCGGAAAAGGACAUCGAAGUGGCAGGUCCUACAGUGGUUUCGACGUGACGGGACUUGGAAAAAAAUACUGAAAAGUGGCGUUUUAUUAUUUUCGUGCAUUAAUGUAUUCGUAAAUUCGUGAUGUUGUAAUAACAGCGCGGAAACAAACCGUGACGUGUGCGUCUCAACUUCGAUCUACCGUGAAUGUCUGUGAGGAUCCGUAUGUACAUUUGGUCAUUACUACAAAAAUGAAGACAGGUUAACCAAGUUUUCGAUCAUUCACAAAGUUACCUCGACUGCCAAAAAUGGUUUUAUGGGUUGACAAACAUCGACCUACGAGCUUGGCCAAACUCGAUUAUCACAAGGAACAAGCUGUCUAUUUGAAGAAACUGGUUCAUACCGGUGAUUUCCCACACUUGCUCGUGUACGGACCGUCAGGAGCUGGAAAGAAAACUAGGAUCAUGUGCCUCCUGCGUGAAGUGUACGGGGCCGGUGUGGAGAGGCUCCGCAUCGAGCACCAGAACUUUGUGACGCCUUCGAAAAAAAAGAUCGAAAUCACAACUAUUGCGAGUAACUACCAUAUAGAAGUGAAUCCCAGCGACGUAGGUAUUUAUGAUCGUGUAGUCAUACAGGAACUGCUGAAAACUGUUGCCCAGGCACAACAACUCGAAAGUAGUGCACAAAGAGAGUUUAAAGUGGUCAUACUCGCCGAAGUUGACAAGCUUACAAAAGACGCCCAGCACGCCCUCAGGCGCACCAUGGAAAAAUACAUGGCGACAUGCCGUCUGAUUCUUUGCUGCAACUCCUGCAGCAAGGUGAUUCCUGCCAUUCGCAGUCGGUGUUUGGGAGUCAGGGUUGCAGCUCCGUCGAUAGACGAAGUUGUAGGUGUGCUGAACUAUGUCUCGAAGAAGGAAGGUAUCAACCUUCCCGAGAGCCUCGCUCAAAAGAUUGCAGUGGCAAGCAGUCGGAACAUGCGCCGUGCCAUUCUCAUGUUGGAGGCCUGUCGCGUCAAGCAGUACCCUUUCUCAGCAAAUCAGGAGGUAUGUCAGCCAGACUGGGAAAUAUUUCUAAGGGACACGGCGAACAUGAUUGUGCAAGAGCAGAGUCCAAAGAGGCUAUUUGAGGUUCGAGGACGUCUCUACGAACUCCUGGUACAUCUGAUUCCGUCAGAUGUCAUUUUCAAGCAAUUGCUAAGGGAACUGGUGUCCAACUGUGACGGUCAACUCAAAGGACAGGUGACUGCCCUGGCUGCUCAGUACGAACACAGACUUCAGUUAGGAAGCAAAGCAAUCUACCAUCUGGAAGCCUUUGUGGCAAAGUUUAUGUACAUCUACAAAGCUUUCAUCGAAGAGAGCACAUCUGGAUUCUUCUGAUUAUGGUCUCAGAAUGAGGUGAUUCAUUGUGUACAGUUAAGGAAGUAAAUGGCACUCUGUUGUAUUA